AGGGUGCUUGUUUUGCAACACGUGAGAUGGCGAGCACCGUGGUUGUUGACGUCACUGAUGAUGUCACAAUAGGAUCCAAGAAAAGAGUUUCGAAUUUACCAGACGAGCCUCCUUUUAUUUGUCCGACAGAAAGUUGUCGAAAAGAAUUCGAGUCAAAGAUUCGACUCCAGCGACAUUUUCGAAAUCACCGGGAAAAGAAACACGUGUGCUCGUAUUGUGGGUAUAAGUUUCUAUAUUUGAAAGAUAAGAGAAUACAUGAACGUAUGCAUACAGGUGAAAGACCUUAUGUUUGCCAAGUUUGUAGCAAAGCUUUUAUCCAGAAAUGUACUUUACAUAAUCAUUUAAUAACUCAUAACAAGACAGUAAAAGAUGAAAUUUGUGAAAUUUGUGGAAGAGCUUAUUUUUAUAAGAAAAGUUUGGCCCAACACAUUAAGGACAAACAUUCAACAUCGAGUGUGUUCGCGUGCCCGCAUUGUGAGUUCAAACAUAAAAAUUUUAAUGUUUGUAAUGAUCAUAUUAAUAAUUGUUCGGCACUCAAAGAUGACAAUGUUAAAAACUCUGAAGAAAUUCCGUUGGAAACAACAAUGAGCCAAACAUGGAAAUGUGAUUUUUGUGGUUCGCUGUUCGGAGAUUUAGAGACGUAUAACAACCACAUGGUGGAGCUACACCAGGAAAACCAAGAGUUAAAAAACUUUGUUUGUGGACUUUGUCUUCAAUGUUUGCGUGGCGAAGAUGCCGUGAAACAACAUAUGUUAAAUAACCAUCAAAUAUGUUUGACUGAAGUACCAGACGUUGAAAAUAAUUAAGUUACUGUGUUUUUGUUUUGUUAACAAAUAUUAUGUUUUAGA